AUGCUACGAUGGCUCGCGGCUGAGUCAGCGACCAAGAAGGAAUGGAUGUGCCUGGUGGGAUCUGUGAGAUCAUGCACGCGAACCAGGGAUCUCGCGGAGGGAAGACGAAUUCACGAGCAAAUUCUCACCAGCCGGUUUGCGCAGGACAAGCAGCUGAGCAAUCUCCUUCUCCACAUGUAUGGGCGAUGCGGCAGCGUCGACGAUGCGCGCUCGCUCUUCCAGCAGCUAGACAACCCAAGCGUCUGUGCGUGGAACACGAUGAUCCAUCUCCUUGCACAGAACAGACAUCUGGGGGAAGCGCUGGCGAGCUUCCAGGGUAUGCCGGAGAGGGACGUUAUCUCGUGGAAUACCAUGGUUACCGCAUUUCACCAACAUGGGCAUUUGGAGAAGGCUACAGAGAUCUUUCACAAGACCCCGCAGUGGGAUCUAAGCGCCUGGAAUUGCCUUGUGUCGGCAAAAGCUAACGCUGGCCUCGUGGACGAGGCUUCGUGGCUCUUCCAAGUCAUGCCCGAGAGGAACAUCCAGUCGUGGAACGUUAUCAUGCACGGGCUUGCCCAGUUUGGUCAUCUUGACGAGGCCAGCGUGGCGUUCCACCUGGCGCCCGAGUGGGACGUGGUCUCAUGGACGUCCCUGCUGGCGGCAUACGUGGAGGAGGACCGGCUUGACGAGGCGAAGGCCAUGUUUGACGCCAUGCCGCAGCGAAAUGUGGUGACAUGGAACGCGCUCAUCCACGGCUAUGCCGUCAACGGUCAAUACGAGCGGUCAAUGGGGGUCGCGUGGCGGAUGCCCCAGCGGGACUGGCGUACGUGGCAGGUGAUGAUACAGGCCUACGGCGAGUGCGGGGACGUGAGACGGGCGGAGCUGGCAUUUGCGUCCGCCCGGCAGGAGCGAUCGCUCACAAACGCCAUGUUCCACGCGUAUGCCCUGAACGGGCAUCUGGACAAGGCCAAGACGGCGUUUGACAGCAUGGCCUACAAGGACGUAGUGGCGUGGACCGCAAUGCUGACGGCGUAUGCCCAAAAGGGGCAUACCCAGGAGAUGAAGCUCGCCUUUUCAAGAAUCCCCAAGUGGAGCGUCCCUUCGUGCAACGUGAUCUUACAAGCGUACGCCGAGCGCAGGCAACUGAGCGAGGCAGUGGACACAUUCCACGGAAUGCCUGAGCGGGAUGUGGUGUCGUGGACGGCGCUGCUCAUGAUCUACGCCCAGAGCAAGCUCCUGGAAGAGGCUAAGAGAACGUUCCUGCUCAUGCCGUGGAGGACCGUCAUCUCGUGGACGGGCAUGGUGUCGGCGUAUGCCCACCACGGGAUCCUUUCCGAGGCGAGGCAAGCGUUCGAGGCCAUGCCGUGGAAGAACCUCGUGUCAUGGAACGUCGUCCUCGAGGCGUAUGCCCGAAACGUCUGGGGCUGCAGAGAGGCGCUGGCGCUCUUCCACGUCAUGAAUCUUGAGGGCAUGGUUCCGGACGAGGCGAGCUUCACGUCCAUCUUGGCCGCGUGUGCUCACAUCGGAGUUGUGUCCGAGGCCUGCGGCUACUUGCGACUGAUGAACGAGUACUCGGACCUCCGCCCCGCGAGGGGACACUACAAUUGCAUCGUGGAUCUGCUGGGCCGGACGGGGGAACUGGCGGCGGCGGAGGGGGUGAUCGCCGCCAUGCCGGUGCCUCCUGAUGCGGUCUCAUGGAGGAGCUUGCUGGGAGCUUGCAGGAACCACGGUGACAGCGAUCGCGGCGGCCGCGCGGCGGCGCGUGUGGUGGAGCUCGACGACGAGGACACCGCGGUGUAUUCGCUGCUGUCCGAGUUGAUCUGGCAGGGAGAUCGAGAGGGAGUAGCGAUGGAUUGGAUCACUUUCUCUCUUUGA